UGGGCACACAGGCAGUGUGCAGCAUGAGACAAAAGAGGGUGAAAUGGCCACUGCCAAGCCACUGCUGGAGAUUCUGGAUACUGAUACAGGCGGAGAAGGCAGUAAGACUGCUCAACAUGCCCAACCAGUACAGACUUACGCUGGAACAAUCACAAAACAGAAGAAUUUGGUUGAAAAACCAUGGACUACUCUCUUUAAGGACAACCGAGCCCCUUCUAAUGGAAUCAAACUGAAUUUUGUGCCUCCUAGAGGUAAUACCCUGGACUUCUCUGAUAGAGUUAUGCCAUCCAUGGUUGAUAUGUGGGGAUAUUGCCUAGUUGGUUUCUUCACAGGUCGUUUUCCUGGGCUAAAAGUUGUCCAUGAGCUGAAGUUUAGGUGGGGUGUGAAGUGCCAAAUCAAGUCCCACGAUAAGGGCUGGGUGAUUUUUAAAUUCCAUACCGA